AAAUCAGAGAUGUUGUAUUAAAAAGCUUACCACUCACAGAUAGUAAUUUGACGCCGUCUGCUCUUUACCGUAGUGGAUGUAUCGUUGCAAGUUUUAAGUCUUGUUUAAAUAAAUUGGUUGUCUUGCGAAAUAUAUGUUUGGCAACACGUGCUUGCGCGAUUUGUGUAUAGGGCAGUAAAAAAAAAAAAUAAUUAUCUGGAUCUUAGGAAAAUUUAGAGGAGUCUCCUUUGGUACCUGACGACCCAGUAACCCGAAAUAAUCUAUUCAAAUAACAAGUGAGUGAACUGAGAGGGCAAAUAAUGGGCGUAACAAGCGUAUUACGUGCGAUGAUGACAGUGAAACCACAUGUUCCACUAAUCAAAUUCCGCAAGGGGGGUAAGGUUCAAGAGACCAGCACAAUGCUUUCACCAGCCCAAGGGCCAACCCCCACUGCAUCUAAAGGGAAGGUACAGGCAAGACCUGUUAUUGAAGAUUAUCAGCUGCCUGCAAAGUACCGGAGGAGGCCAAUUGAUGAGAAAGAAAUUGAAUAUAUCAAUAGAGGUGGUCCUGAAUGAGGUUUGGGCUUACAAAAAACAGCAGAAUCACCAGUAUUUCAUCAAGGAUGUGAAAUAGUGAAUUAGUUGUAUCCUGUACAUAUUGUAUAUAACAAUAUCAAAUAAUAUUUUUCCUCUCUUCA